GGCCGGCAGAAGACAGGAUCCAAAGCUUCCGGCCCGGAGCGCCGCUGCCUGUCUCGGGAGUCCCGGCUGCGGCCGCCGCAGGACCCGCACCUGCACGCCCGCACCUGCUCGCCCGCACCUGCUCGCCCGCACCUGCCCCGCUGACCCGGGCAGACCGCGCUCGGCGAGGCCGGGGAGCCCCGCGGGACGCUGCGCUGCAGACCCGCAUCCGGGCAGCCGGCAGUCUGCGCCCCCCACCCCCGCCAGGGUCACCCGUGGAGCAUCCGCCUGGGACUACCCGUCCCCUUCUCCGGGAACCAGAGAUGUCAAACGGGUAUUCCUCAGAGAAGCGCUUCCUCUACCUCCUCUCGUGCUUCAGGGCGCGAGUGAAAAUGAACAUCCAGGUCGAUCCGGUACUGGACUACCUGACCUUCCUGCCCAGAGACGUGAAGGAGCAGAUUGGGAGGACGGUGGAGACCUCUGGGAACAUGAAGGCUGUUGAACUGCUCCUGAAUACCUUGGAGCAGGGGCAGGGCUGGCCCCCGGGCUGGACCCGGGAGUUCGUGGAGGCCCUGCAGAGAGCCGGCAACCCCCUGGCCGCGCGCUACGUAAACCCCGACCUCACUGACUUGCCCUCCCCGUCCUUCGAGACAGCUCAGGAUGAAUGUCUCCAGCUGCUGACCCUUCUGCAGCCCACUCUGGUGGACAGGCUGCUGGUCAGAGACGUCCUGGAUAAGUGCAUGGAGGUGGACCUGUUGACCACUGAAGACCGAAAUCGGAUAUCGGCUGCAGAAAAUAAUGGAAAUGAAUCAGGUGUGAGAGAGCUACUUAAAAGGAUUGUACAGAAAGAAAACUGGUUUUCUACCUUUGUGCAUAUUCUUCAUCAAACAGGAAACAGUGCCCUCGCGCAGGAGUUAACAGGUGCUGACCACUCCAAAAGCAAUGCAGAGAUUGAGAAUUUGCCACACGAAGAUGAUCCUGGCGUUAACGAGUCACUUCUUUCAGCCUCAGAUCAGCCAAAUCUAGAGAAAGAGGACGGGGACAAGGACAGUGAUUUGUCGGAGUUGUCGUUUGCAGAUUCUUCCAUAGUUUCAGAAUCAGACACAAGUUUGGCAGAAGGAAGUGUCAGCUGCUUAGAUGAAAGUCUUGGACAUAACAGCAACAUGGGCAGUGAUUCAGAUGAGGAGAAUGUGGCAAAAAGAGCAUCUCCUGAGCCGGAGCUGAAGCUCAGGUCUUACCAAAUGGAAGUGGCCCAGCCAGCUUUGGAAGGGAAGAAUAUCAUCAUAUGCCUUCCUACGGGCAGUGGGAAAACCAGAGUGGCCGUUUACAUCACCAAGGACCACUUGGAUAAGAAGAAACAGGCUUCUGAGCCCGGGAAAGUGAUCGUGCUUGUCAAUAAGGUGAUGUUAGUUGAGCAGCUGUUCCACAAAGAGUUCAAACCAUUUUUAAAGAAAUGGUAUCAUGUUACUGGACUAAGUGGUGAUACUCAACUGAAAAUAUCAUUCCCAGAAGUUGUCAAAUCCUAUGAUGUUAUUAUCAGUACAGCUCAAAUCCUUGAAAACUCCCUCUUAAAUUCGGAAAGUGGAGAAGAUGCUGGCGUCCAGCUGUCAGACUUUUCCCUCAUUAUUAUUGACGAAUGUCAUCACACCAACAAGGAAGCCGUCUAUAACAACAUCAUGAGGCGCUAUUUGAAACAGAAGUUGAAAAAUAAGCGACUCCAGAAAGAAAACAAACCAGUGGCUCCCCUGCCCCAGAUCCUAGGUCUAACAGCUUCACCUGGCGUUGGAGGUGCCACCAAGCAAGCCAAGGCUGAAGAGCACAUCUUAAAAAUUUGUGCCAAUCUUGAUGCAUCUACCAUUAAAACAGUGAAAGACUACUAUAGUCAACUCAAAGACCAAAUAAAGGAGCCAUGUAAGAAGUUUGUGAUUGCAGAUGACACCAGAGAAGAUCCAUUUAAAGAUAAACUGCUAGAAAUAAUGUCAAGCAUUCAAACUUACUGCCAAGUGAGUUCAAUGUCAGAGUUUGGAACGCAAAAUUAUGAGCAAUGGACCAUUCAAAUGGAAAAAAAAGCUGCUAGGGAAGGAAAUCGAGAAGUCCGCGUCUGCGCAGAACACUUGAGGAAGUAUAAUGAAGCCCUACAAAUUAAUGACACAAUCCGAAUGAUCGAUGCAUAUAAUCACCUUGAAACUUUCUAUCGUGAUGAGAAAGCAAAGAAGUUUGCAGCGCUGGAAGAUGACAGCGAUGAGAAUGAUAGCGAUGAUGACUGUGAUAGUGAUAGAGAUAAGGAAGAUGGGAAGAGGCUGGAGAGGCAAGAUGAGACCGAUAAAUUUCUCAUGGCUUUAUUUUUUGAUAACAAAAAAAUGUUGAAAAAACUGGCUGAUAACCCAGAGCAUGAAAAUGAAAAGCUGACCAAAUUAAGGAAUACUAUUUUGGAACAAUAUACAAGGACUGAAAAACCAACACGUGGAAUAAUAUUUACAAAAACUCGACAAAGUGCAUACGCCCUUUCCCAGUGGAUUGCUGAAAAUGAAAAAUUUACAGAGGUGGGCGUCAAAGCCCAUCACUUGAUUGGAGCUGGACACAGCAGUGAGUUCAAGCCUAUGACGCAGAAUGAACAAAAAGAAGUCAUUAGUAAAUUUCGCACUGGAAAAAUAAAUCUGCUUAUCGCUACCACAGUGGCAGAAGAAGGUCUGGACAUCAAGGAAUGUAAUAUUAUUAUCCGUUACAGUCUUGUCACUAAUGAAAUAGCCAUGGUUCAGGCCCGAGGUCGAGCCAGAGCUGAAGAGAGUACCUAUGUCCUGGUUGCCCACAGUGGUUCUGGAGUUGUUGAACGUGAGACUGUUAAUGAUUUUCGAGAGAAGAUGAUGUAUAAAGCUAUCCAUCGUGUUCAGAAUAUGAACCCAGAGGAGUAUACUCAGAAGAUUUUGGAAUUACAGAUGCAAAGCAUAAUGGAAAAGAAAAUGAAAAUCAAGAGAAAUACUGUAAAGCAGUUCAAGAACAAUCCGUCAUCAAUAACUUUUCUCUGUAAAAACUGUCACAUGCCAGCCUGCUCCGGGGCAGACAUUCAUGUAAUUGAGAAUAUGCAUCAUGUUAACAUGACAAAAGCCUUCAAGCGACUUUAUAUUGUGAGAGAAAACAAAGCCCUGCAAAGUAAAUUUGCUGACUACCAAACAAAUGGCGAGAUUAUCUGCAAAUGCGGCCAAGCUUGGGGAACAAUGAUGGUGCACAGAGGCUUAGAUCUUCCUUGUCUCAAAAUAAAGAAUUUUGUACUAGUUUUCAAAGAUAAUUCACCAAAGAAGCAAUACAAAAAGUGGGUUGAGUUACCCAUCACAUUUCCUGCUCUUGACUAUUCAGAAUAUUGUAAUUUUAGUGAUGAAGAUUAGCCUUGGAGUCAAGACUGUCUUGGAAUAUUUCCAAUUUAACAUUUGAUAUUACCUUGAGAAAUAUUUUCACCAUACUGAAGAACUGAUGUGAGAAUUGAUAAACUCUGUACAUUGAGCACUUUCAAGAACCACAAUAAUUUUGCUUUCAAUUACACAUUUUCUUGACUAACAAGGGUAAAAAAAAAAAAUCUAUCAGAAACACUCAUCGUUGUGAGGCUUACAGUUCUAUGGGAAGAAAACUGACAUAUAAAUGAGAUUGCAAGAUGCCAUUGUCAUUUCCGUCACUUAUUUUCAAAAUAAAAUUAGGUGAUUGGUUCAGUCAUCUUUAUGAACCAGUCUCCAUAUUGGUAGAAUAUUAAGUGUUGUCUUCUUUUGUAUUCAUUAGUUUUCUUUCGUUGUAUAACAAUUGCCACAAAUUUAGUGUCUACUUUGCUAUAAAAUGAUAAACUUGAGGCUUUUAUAGGUAAAUGGAUGC